AUGGCUACAGGUGACAAUGUUUUUUCGGAAACUGUAGCACAACUGCAAUUCCGAUUAAAAAUUGAAGAAACAAAAGCAAGACAAGAAGAAGCAAAAGCAAAACAAGAGGAACAAAAAACAAAACAAAAAGAGCUGCGACAAAAACGAAAAAGACCAAGCACAGAAGAAAUCGAAGGGUCAAAGCGAACGCAUAUUCUAGCUGGACAAUCAUCAUCCAGCAUAAAAGCAGUCACUGCAGCAUUUCAUAAUCCUGGUUUUUUCAACAUUCAUGCAAAUGAUCAUAUUCAGGACCUGGACAUGGAAACUUUAUUAAAUGAUAAUAUUCAUAUUAAGGAUGAUAUGAUGAGUGUUAUUGAAAAGUGUUUUGGUCCUUGGAAAUCAUGUGGUAAAGCUAAUGAAGAUCGUAUUCAAGAAGCAGUUGAUGAUUCAAUAAAUGCUGCAUUACAUAAAAUUGCUCAUUUAACAUCAUUGAAAUAUUUAAGCACACCACAAUGCCGUUAUUUAGAUGGGAAAGCUCCUGAUUGUGGUUUUGUAUUCAAAAAUAUUAACAUUACCAAGGAGAACCAAAAGCAAGUUUUAACAGAUUUUAUCGUUUGCGCCGGUGAAUUAAAGAAACCAGGUGUAUAUAUUGGGCUGAAGGGUGUCGUUGAGCAAAUAUCGCGUUAUCUCUACUAUGUAUUAAUUCAGCAAAAACGUGAGAAAAUCUACGGAUUUUUGACAAAUACACAACAAAUUAAAUUUUAUUGUCUUAAAAAGGUUGAAGGGUUAGAUUUAUGUGAUUAUUACGAAAGCAAACCAUUCCACUUUUAUACUGCCGUUCCCAAAACGUCGUCAUCAUCAUCGUCACAUAAUGUUCGCCAAACAACAAAUGAAAAAUCGAAUGAAAUUUGUUGGAAUACGGAUACAUUGAAAAUAUUUAUGAAAUUUUUAACAAAGGAUUGGCACUUUUAUGGCUACUCAAUGUUAAACAUAAGUCCGUAUGAUUAUUUACAUCACGAUAAAUUUAACAUAGAAGUCAAAUGA